UGUGCGGUUGUAUUGGUUCCCAAAAAUGGCGAAAUUAAUUUCUCUAAUUAUUUUCGUCAUCUGUUUGUGUUCAGUAGGAGCGUUUUUUGAAUUCGAAGUACCUCGGCAUGUGUUUGAUACGGAAUUGUAUGAGAAUGUAUUAGAUGAAGAGCUAUGUGAAGCGCAAUUGAGUUACUUAAUAAGUAACAAUACAAUGCUGACAGCUGAAUUUCUUGAUGCAGGUAUCAGACUUCCGAGAGGCAUUUUACAAGGAAAUUUGGUAGACCUCGGAUACUACCAACAGUGUCUAGCAAUCAGUGAAAACUUUGAGCAAGCAGACAUAGAGGGCAAGUACUGUAUGAUCAAUGUUCCACUGGUUCAAGAUGAGUUAAACUUACCAGUUUUGCCAGAAUGGCCAGAAGGUUCAGAGAGGUCCGGGGACUGGCCCAAUCUUCCGUGGCAACAACUUUUUUCAGUUACAGGACCACAUAGUGACAUGUUCAGAAAUCUACAAAAGGUACGAACGGAAACUGCAAAGUACAGUCGUAUGACUGGACCUGAUGAUAUGGAUUUUAUGAGGGUAGCAGAAGACAGCCCGCUGGCUAAUGAAGUGUUCAGAGUAGCAGUAUGUCUUCCUAAAGUUUGCACACCUAGGCAGUUCAUCGACACUGUGUUUAUAAACACCACUAGCGUGGGUUUACAACUCACGGAAGAAUAUUGCAGACUGAGAAAUGAUAAACCGUUUGCACCUGUUGAUUAUGCUGCUAUGGGAGUAUUUGGCUUCAUAAUCCUUAUUACUGUCCUUUCGACAUUCUACGAUAUAUAUUUUACCGCGAUAUGUAAGGGAGGUUCAAAAAAAGCCAAUACUCUUGUAAAAUCGUUCUCUGUCUAUACGAAUACUCGCCGUUUGCUCACAUUCAACUCUGGGCCUGGAACUUUAGAGAGCCUGGAUGGAAUCAGAUCCAUAUCCAUGAUGUGGGUCAUCAUAGGCCACACGUAUGCUACCAAUGGAAGAGGACACUUUUUUAAUCGUCAAGAAAUGUUCACGGUUUGUUUUUCAAAAUUUUUGAACCGAGCUUAUUUACAGUGGAUGCAUUCAUUCUCGGCACUUUGGGUCGUGGCGUCUCCCAUCUCAGUGGACACCUUCUUCUUGCUGAGCGGACUGCUGAUUGUGUAUACCUCUGUUGGGAAGAUAACUCCAAAGGGUCUCUUUAAAAACAUCCAUUUGUUCUAUCUUCACCGUUUGUUGCGAAUGUUUCCCAUUUUGGCAACCGGCGUGUUUCUCCAAGCGUCGUUAUUCAACCAUCUCUCUGACGGCCCGGAGUGGCACAUCGUCGUUGAUAAAGUAGAACGGUGUAGGGCAUACUGGUGGGCUACCCUCACUUACGUGCAGAAUUAUUUAGUGGAUACACGGUGUAUUGGCCCCAGUUGGUACCUCGCUGUUGACAUGCAGCUGCAUAUACUCUCACCUUUAAUUUUAUUCUGGAUGCUCGGCAGAAGAAGAUCGGCAUGGAUCGCAUUAACUGUCGUCAUAUUGGUUGUCAUGGUGGUAUCGACAACGUAUAACUAUUUAAACAAGUUCCAGACCGCAUCGUUUGUACCAACGCGAACGCGAGAGGAUGCCAACCACUACCUACGAUACUAUUAUCAUAACACACUAACCAGAUGCUCGCCUUUCUUCGUUGGCAUGUUGUUUGGCUAUCUUCUUAAUAUGUAUAAAAGCAAACAAGUCCACAUGGCUAGAGUAAGAAAAAUAUACAAUUUUUACCUACGCACUAAAAUUAUGAACUUACCACUCCUUAUCAUCUUUCAGUGGUUUGUAGCAUUAUGCUGGUUCUGCGCCUUCAUGGUUUCUGCCGGCGUUAUCUACUCCUCAUACCCCGUCCUUCAGAUGGACUGGGACAGCCCCUUUUGGGACGGCAUCAUCAACUCCUUCGCCAGACCCGGGUGGGCUGUGUGUGUUGGCUGGGUGAUAUUUGCUUGUACACACGGUUAUGGAGGUCCUGUCAACUGGUUCCUGUCGCUCCGUAUGUGGAAGCUCCCCUCUCGGCUUUCCUACGCGAUGUACAUCUUCCACUAUUCCUUAAUGAUUAUUGUCAAUACUACUUCUGUAUCGACGAGCCACUUCUCAGUCGAACGCUAUAGUGGUGUGGUUGAUGGUCUGAUUUGGGUGCCCGCAGUUACAGGCAGGAGAGGAGCUCCAGCCCCAUUUAUACCAGUGGAGGCUGCAGUUGCCAACUCCUGUUCUUAG